UAUGCAUAAAUAGGAAACGGGCUUUGAGUCCUCUCCAUUUCCGACCCCAAACCCAACAGGAGCCCUCCCACAACCCCUCCCUAGGGUUUUAGAAAAAGUAGCUUUUCAGGAUCUUAGAUCCUCUGCGGGGUUUAGAGACAGACAGACGCUCUCCUCUCGGAUUCAGAUUUUUGUUUGAUUACUUAAUUGGAUACAAUGGCGACGGCCCUGAACGUUCCUCCAGCUACCAUCCCCACUACGCUGCCGGAGAUGAAGAAAGAGGAGGAGAAAGUGGAUUACUUGAACCUCCCUUGUCCUAUUCCCUACGAGGAGAUCCACCGCGAAGCUCUCAUGUCUUUGAAGCCAGAGUUAUUUGAAGGAAUGCGGUUUGAUUUUACCAAAGGUCUCAAUCAGAAGUUUUCACUAAGUCACAGUGUGUUCAUGGGACCAAUGGAGAUUCCCUCACAAUCUUCUGAAACAAUCAAAAUUCCUACUGCUCACUAUGAAUUUGGUGCCAACUUUAUAGACCCAAAGUUGAUGCUUUUCGGGAGAAUUCUGACCGAUGGGAGGCUCAAUGCAAGACUGAAGGGUGAUUUAACUGAAAAUCUUUCUUUGAAGGCUAAUGCUCAGCUUACAAAUGAGCCACAUAUGUCACAUGGCAUGGUUUCUUUUGAUUACAAGGGCAAAGACUACAGGACCCAGUUUCAACUGGGAAAUGGUGCCUUAUUUGGAGCAAAUUAUAUUCAGAGUGUGACCCCCCAUUUGUCUUUUGGUGGUGAAGUAUUUUGGGCUGGUCAGCAUCGGAAGUCUGGUAUUGGUUAUGCUGCUCGAUACAACACAGACAAGAUGGUUGCCACAGGGCAAGUUGCUAGUACAGGAUUGGUUGCUCUGAGCUAUGUUCAGAAGGUAUCUGAGAAGGUUUCUCUAGCCUCAGAUUUGAUGUACAACUACAUGUCAAAAGAUGUCACGGCAAGUUUUGGUUAUGAUUACAUCCUUCGACAGUGCCGCCUUAGAGGGAAGAUUGAUUCCAAUGGCUGUGCAUCUGCCUUUCUCGAGGAACGAUUGAAUAUGGGGCUAAAUUUUAUUCUUUCGUCGGAGCUAGAUCACAGGAAGAAAGAUUAUAAAUUUGGGUUUGGGCUGACAGUUGGCGAGUAGAUUCGAGCAAAACUUGGUGCUGCUUUAUAUCCUCAUUUGUCCGUGGCAACCUUGCGGGCUCUUGCUUUGUUUCUCCUAUUGUCGCAGAUCAUAGAAUCAGUUUUGUACUACUUCUAUUUCAGGCAAAGUUCUUGUGGGGUAGCUUCAGAUGCUGCCACAAUUCAAGAGAUCAUCAUAUUGAUUGAUUUGGAGUUGCACUCUUUGUUACCCUUUAGGUCUUCAGAAUGAGAUCGAAUAACGAACAUGAAGAUAUUUUAGCACUUUUAA